AUGUGUGGGGGACCCCCUGCGCUGAGAGUGCGGCGCCCUCCCAGGUUCUUCCAAGACCUGUGGACUACUGGUGACACAGGAUUUUGCAAAGACUGCGGAUUUUCCCAGCAGGCCUUCUACCCCAGCGUGCUGGCGGGAGGGCGUGAAGAUGCGCAGCUGCAGGGCAUUCUCGGGUUUUCCCACCCGCGUUCCCGCCACGCUCUGGGCAAACAUCGUGGAGGCACCGCGGUCUCCAUGACGCCAGUUCCUGGUGGCACUAUUAACAUGAUGGAGCACCUGCUGCGGGGAAGGGUUUUAGCUCCCAGUUUGGAAAGCCUCAUCCGCCGUCUUCGAGGCUUGUGUGAUAACAUGGAACCCGGGACUUUCCUUGACCAUGAGAUGGUGUUCCUCCUCAAGGGUCAACAGGCCAGCCCAUUGGUUCUAAGGGCCCGGCGCUCCAGGGACAGAGCUGGAGCACCCUGACAGCCAGAAAUGGGAGACAAGAACCGCCACGCUCUGGUGCAUAACUAUGUGGACAUUGCCACAUCUGAGAACCUCACUGACUUCAUGAUGGAAAUGGGCUUCCGCAUGAACCAUGAAUUUGUCUCCAGGGGACACUUGUUCCGAAAGGGCAUCAUGAAGAUUAUGGUGUACAAGAUUUUCUGCGUCCGUCCUGGGAACACAGACAGCACUGAGGCCUUGUCCCUCUCCUAUCUUGUGGAAUUAAGUGUUGUCGCACCAGCUGGGCAGGACAUGGUCUCUGAUGACAUGAGGAACUUUGAAGAGCAGCUCAAACUGCUGGUUCACCUAUGAAAAAUAGACCCUAAAAGGCUUAUGUGA